CUUCAAUAAAACUACAGUGGGGGAGUUCUUCAAAAAUCUGGCUGUAGUGAUGGACAGGCACACAUUCCCUCAUCACAUGAUUUACAAUGUGGAUGAAACAGGCGUCUUUACAGUUCAAAAGCCACGGCACGUUGUGACAGAGAAAGGAAAAAAGCAAGUUGGUUCUAUCACAUCAGCUGAGAGAGGAGAACUGGUGACUGUGGUGUGUGCUGGGAAUGCUGCUGGGAAUGCCAUACCUCCCCGGUUUGUCUUCCCCAGAGUUAGGUUUAGGGACGACUUCAUGAUAGGAGCACCUCCAGGAGCCAAAGGUGCCUCCACCACAACAGGAUGGAUGAAUGAAGACACCUGGCCUGAGUUCCUUGAUCACCUGAUACAGCACACUCAGUGCAGUCCUGACUGUCCCAUGCUGCUUAUCCUUGAUAAUCUUAAAGCUCACAUCUCACUCAAGGCAGUAGAAAAAGCAAAGAGAAACGGUAUUGUUCUGCUCACCCUUCCACCCCACACAUCCCAUCACACGCAGCCUCUCGACGUGACCGUGUAUGGCCCGUUCAAGACCCUAUACAGCCGAGCUCUUGAUGGGUGGAUGAGAUCUAACCCUGGCAAAACAGUGUCCGUCUACCAGAUUGCAGGACUUGUCAGCAGUGACACCACGGAAUAUCACUUCUGGAUUCAAGUCCACUGGGAUUUUCCCAUAUAA